ACAAUAUCAAUCAUAAAGAUGGAGAAGAAGUUUUCAAAGAAGGAGGAGGACAGGUUUAUGAGACAGUUGAACAAGAUGCAGAUGGAGGAGGUUAUGAACACAACAUUCCAGAUCACCAACCAUUGCUUCGAGGCAUGCAUCAACAACUUCAGAAUUAGAAAGCUGGACAAUGAUGAGGAACUCUGCGUCUACAAGUGUAUCGAGAAGAACGAGCGUUUCGCCAUGGUCUUGACUGAGUGCUUUGCCAAGAUCUCCCAGCAGGAUCAA